AAAAAAAAAAAAAAAAACAAGAGAGAGAGAGAGAGAGAGAGAGGGAGAAAAUCUGUACUUUGAACAUCUUCAACAGCGACGAUCAUCAAGUGCACGCGAUUCGAUGGGAUUGGACCAGACUACUGGCUGAGACUCGGUGAAUUUCGCGAAAACAAGUUUCGUUUCGCAGUGGAUGAAGAAAUGAAGUAAUAAAAAUUGGGGAGAUGAUGUUGUUAAACGUGAGCUACAACAGGCGUCCGGGCACGUUGCCAGUCAAAGGUCUGCUAUGGAUCGGUCUACUAACGUUGACGAUCUCACGGAGCCAGGCAUCGACCGACAUCAACUGCUGUUCGGAUGGUUUUAUAUGGUUGACCACGCUGAACUGUUCCGAUGGUAGUUCGAUUAAGCUCACAUGCUCGUCCGGUUGGUAUCUGAUCGACCCCGAGGUAGACCCCGAGGACAAAUUCCUCGUGAUGCAGGAACACGAGAAAACAUGGCUACAACUGUCGGACACGAAUCCCAUAAAUAUAACGGCGGAUAGAUUUUGCGUGGCAAAGCGGGAAACGGGUUCGCAAGUCGCUCUGUUAUGCUUCGAUGAAUACAGCGCGUACAAUGGUACGUGGAAGAACAUAUUGUUCUGCGCCCUCAGUAUCAUAUCGGCUAUAUUCUUGAUCGCCACGCUGGCUAUCUACAUUUUACUGCCAGAAUUAAGGGAGGUUCAAGAUAAAGCGAUGAUGGCCGUAGUCACGUCAUUGGCAGUCAGUUACAUCAUCCUUUCCAUUCAGAUUUUGAGGCCAUCAAACGAGGAAGACUAUCACAUAUGCGUCUUUCUAGGAUUCGUUUUAUAUCUCGGCUUUAUGUCUGUUUUCUUCUGGCUAAACAUCGUCUCGUUCAACGUGUGGAGAACAGUUUGGUUUCAAGAUUUCAUAAUUAAAGAUAAGUCACUUUUCAUCGUCUACUCUAUUAUCGGUUGGGGUGGACCGUUGUGCUUCCUGAUUGCGACACUGGUCACUCACCACGCAAAUGGGGAACACCUGAAGCCCGGUUUCGGAGAGCAAAGCUGUUGGUUCAGCGGCCACGAUCAAACGUGGGCGUAUUUUUACGGGCCAAUCGCUAUUUUAUUGGCGUUGAACGUUAUCUACCUUGGUUUAACUGGCUGGCGAUUGUGGCAUCAGUAUCGCGACUACAACGGAAGCAAAUUACGAGCGCUACGUUUUAAAUGCCUGCUUUACGUCAAACUGAUAUUCGUCAUGGGGGUGACAUGGAUCUUCGAGGUGCUCUCGUAUGCCGAUCAUACCAAACACGAUUUCUGGAUGCCGAUGGACAUACUGAACGCGCUGCAAGGUUUCAUAAUAUUCCUUCUGUUAGUCGCGAUGCGAAAGCGAGUCAGGAAGCUGCUGGCGAAGAAGAAACCUUGUGGAAUUAACUUCCCAAAGUCUUGGACGGUCUACGAGGACGAAGAGUGCGAGGAGGUGCUACCCGAAGAAGUCGAAUUAUCGCAACAUGACUAGUGUGUUUACGAGAACAAUUCUUUUCUUCCCCCUCCUCUCCAUUGUGGUUAAUACCAGACGUAAUGGGACGUAUAAUUUCUUAUCAUGUAUCUAUACACGUUCGAUUAGUCGAAGGUAAUCGCGGGUAAUGACAACGAGACAAAGAAUUAUUAUUCCUAUAUUUAAGCAACAGAAUCGUACAAAAACCGCGUAGAAUUUAAUACUCUAUAACGAAUGCGUGAGAUAUACGUUUAUAAUUGAUUAAGAAUCUCUAGAAAUGUUGUCUUGUCAGCGAACAGGUAUCGCGUUAAUUGCAACGUCGUAAUUACUAUACUACCGAUUGAUUGCGAUUUUUACCGAUCUGUAGAUUAGCUAAAGGAACUCAUCGGCAUUGCACGUCACGUUUUCGCUUGCGUGAAAAAACACCUAACAAUUCAUCAUGGUAAUUUUUAUAUUAAGGAUUUUGUCCAUUGAGGAUAAAAUCCUUAAUAUCCUCCCGGAGAACGUUCGGUAUCAAACUUUCUUAUUCUAGUCGACUGACGCGGCACUUCCGAGAUGACGAUUCACUUUAAAUUACGUGUACUUCUGACGUCUUUAAGCCAUUAAAAACUUGUUACUUGAUAUCGCAUCGUGAACGUUAGAACCACGUAUAUCGGAACAUUAGAGAUAUUUAUUAUUCGUCUUCCCCUUAUUUGGAACUGGCAGGAUAUCUUUCAGCAUCUUAGCGAACAAAAUCGAAGUAUCUUCUAGUUAAAAUAAACGUAAGGAAAAAGAGAAUUAAUAGGAACGAAGAAGUCAAUUAAGUAUAAAUUAAGCGCCACUGGCAUGAAAAAUCUUGCCAAUUUUAAUAUUAAUUUGCACGAAUUCCAUAUUUUUUUCUAUAUUUACGUAGAAUUAAAAAUUAAAUCCAUUUCGCACAAAAGUAAAAGUCGUUGCGCCAAUCGAAUUUUCAAAAGAAAAACAAAAAUUUAUUUUUUAACAAAGAAAAAAAGAUCAGAGAGAAAUCUACGGUGUGUGAAAUGAUACAGUGUAGAAACUAGAUCAUCGUUGCGCUGCGCCGCAUUGAAACGAUCGUAUUCUUCGUUGCGUGAAACUAUUAGGAUGAUUAAACAAAGCAAUGUGCGCGAGUAAUCAAGUAGUCUGUUGUGCGAAGACGCGAUAAACGAGGAUGGUGCAAAAGAACAACGAGGUAUAUUGAGUGGUUACCCACAUUACUAUGAGUAAUGCUCUACUAUCGACGAUGCCAAGAUAAGAAUUGCAUUUGCAUUGCGUGACACACAAACGCACACACAUACAAUAUGACGUUUUGCACGCGAACAGAUCAAUAUUUUAGUAAAGCAAAGGUGCUCCAACGAGAAAGAAAUGUGAGUUUUUUUAUGCCUCAGCGAUAGCACAAGACGAUUCUUUGAACUUUAAGUUCGGAUUACGGGCAACUUUAGAAUACUUUUUUUAUUCCUUAAUUUAUGUAGGGUACAAUACAAUAGAAUAGUUUAGAGUCUAACUCGAGUGAGCAUUGUCCGCUUUCAAUUUUUUUUUUUUUUAAACUCGUUUUACAGCUUGUACAUUGAACAAGUGUGAUAAAUUGCUUCGUAAAAAAUAAACGUGUUAAAUGAUAAAGCAAGUUAUAUCGUUAUCAUCGAAUAAACACAUUAUUGUGAUGAUAU